CCGGGCCCCCCCCCCCCCCCCCCCCCCGACCCGGCCGCCCAGUCCCCCGAGACCCGGAGAAAAUGUCUUCGCGGACGGCUCUGGCCCCGGGCAACGAUCGGAACUCGGACACGCAUGGCACCCUGGGCAUUGGCCGCUCCUCGGACAAGGGACCGUCCUGGUCCAGCCGCUCCCUGGGUGCCCGCUGCCGGAACUCCAUCGCCUCCUGUCCCGAAGAGCAGCCCCAUGUAGGCAACUACCGCCUGCUGAGGACCAUCGGGAAGGGCAACUUUGCCAAAGUCAAGCUGGCCCGGCACAUCCUUACCGGCCGGGAGGUCGCCAUCAAGAUCAUCGAUAAAACCCAGCUGAACCCCAGCAGCCUGCAGAAGCUGUUCCGAGAAGUCCGUAUCAUGAAGGGCCUAAACCACCCCAACAUCGUGAAGCUCUUCGAGGUGAUCGAGACAGAGAAGACGCUGUACCUGGUGAUGGAAUAUGCAAGUGCUGGAGAAGUGUUUGACUACCUCGUGUCACACGGCCGCAUGAAGGAGAAGGAAGCUCGAGCCAAGUUCCGACAGAUCGUAUCGGCUGUUCACUACUGUCACCAGAAAAACAUUGUACACAGGGACCUGAAGGCCGAGAACCUCUUGCUGGACGCCGAGGCCAACAUCAAGAUCGCCGACUUUGGCUUCAGCAAUGAGUUCACGCUGGGCUCGAAGCUGGACACGUUCUGCGGGAGCCCCCCGUACGCCGCCCCGGAGCUGUUCCAGGGCAAGAAGUACGACGGGCCGGAGGUGGACAUCUGGAGCCUCGGUGUCAUCCUAUACACCCUCGUCAGCGGCUCCCUGCCCUUCGACGGGCACAACCUCAAGGAGCUGCGAGAACGAGUCCUCAGAGGGAAGUACCGGGUCCCUUUCUACAUGUCAACAGACUGUGAGAGCAUCCUGCGGAGAUUUUUGGUGCUGAACCCAGCGAAACGCUGUACUCUCGAGCAAAUCAUGAAAGACAAAUGGAUCAACAUCGGCUAUGAGGGUGAGGAGUUGAAGCCAUACACAGAGCCCGAGGAGGACUUCGGGGACACCAAGCGAAUCGAGGUGAUGGUGGGUAUGGGCUACACGCGGGAAGAAAUCAAAGAGGCCUUGACCAGCCAGAAGUACAACGAAGUGACCGCCACCUACCUCCUGCUGGGCAGGAAGACUGAGGAGGGUGGGGACCGGGGCACCCCAGGGCUGGCCCUGGCACGGGUGCGGGCGCCCAGCGACACCACCAAUGGAACAAGCUCCAGCAAAGGCACCAGCCACAGCAAAGGGCAGCGGAGUUCCUCCUCCACCUACCACCGCCAGCGCAGGCAUAGCGACUUCUGUGGCCCAUCCCCUGCACCCCUGCAUCCAAAGCGCAGCCCAACCAGCACAGGGGAGGCGGAGCUGAAGGAGGAGCGCCUGCCAGGCCGGAAGGCGAGCUGCAGUGCCGCGGGGAGCGGGAGCCGAGGGCUGCCCCCCUCCAGCCCCAUGGUCAGCAGCGCCCACAACCCCAACAAGGCAGAGAUCCCAGAGCGGCGGAAGGACAGUACGAGCACCCCUAACAACCUCCCCCCCAGCAUGAUGACCCGCAGAAACACCUACGUUUGCACAGAACGCCCGGGGGCUGAGCGCCCAUCCCUGUUGCCAAAUGGCAAAGAAAACAGCUCGGGGACCCCACGGGUGCCCCCCGCCUCCCCCUCCAGUCACAGCCUGGCUCCCCCAUCAGGGGAGCGGAGCCGCCUGGCACGCGGCUCCACCAUCCGCAGCACGUUCCACGGUGGCCAGGUCCGGGACAGGCGGGCAGGGGGCGGGGCAGGUGGGGGCGUGCAGAAUGGGCCCCCCGCCUCUCCCACGCUGGCCCAUGAGGCCACACCCCUGCCCACUGGGCGGCCCCGCCCCACCACCAACCUCUUCACCAAGCUGACCUCCAAACUGACCCGAAGGGUCACAGACGAACCUGAGAGAAUCGGGGGACCUGAGGUCACAAGUUGCCAUCUACCUUGGGAUCAAACGGAAACCGCCCCCCGGCUGCUCCGAUUCCCCUGGAGUGUGAAGCUGACCAGCUCGCGCCCGCCCGAGGCCCUGAUGGCAGCUCUGCGCCAGGCCACGGCAGCUGCCCGCUGCCGCUGCCGCCAGCCACAGCCGUUCCUGCUGGCCUGCCUGCACGGGGGUGCGGGCGGGCCCGAGCCCCUGUCCCACUUUGAAGUGGAGGUCUGCCAGCUGCCCCGGCCAGGGCUACGAGGAGUUCUCUUCCGCCGCGUGGCGGGCACUGCCCUGGCCUUCCGCACCCUCGUCACCCGCAUCUCCAAUGACCUCGAGCUCUGAGCCGUCACGGCCCUGGGUCCCCUCCUCUUUUCCUCUCCCACUUCGCUUCGGCAGGAGAGAAAGGGGAUCAAGGAGGGGAUUCUUCCUUUGUCAUCACUUCAGUUUCCCUGAAAUGGAUCUGGGGGCAGAGAUUGUCCCCUCUGCUGUUCUCUGGGGCCGCUGGGCAGGAGAGAAGAGCAAAGGGGCUUAGCAGGGGAAGCUGGCACCUUCCUGGAACCUCCAGCUCGUCCUGUCCCCCCUCACCCUGCCGCAGGGUACCUGAGGAAACUUUGGGGGCAGGGUGGGGGCAGAAAGGGAAACAGGAAACUUCCAUUCCCCCCAACAGCUCAAGAAUUAGGCCUUGGGCAGGGGCAAGAAGAAUUGCUGAGCCUAAAGACUGGAUGGAGAACUGGGGUGGGUGGGGUUGGGAGUCGGGGUCAGAGAGGCAGAUUCCUUCCCCUCCCCAUCCCCUCCUGCUCGAACCCCCCUUUCCUGCCCCAGGCUGGCGCGGGGCACUUUGUACAAAUCCUUGUAAAUACCCCCACACCCUCCCCUCUGCAGAGGUCUCCUGAGGAGCUGCCGCUCUCACCUCCGGUUUUUAAGUUAUUACAGCCCCACCCUCCUCCUGUCAGCCCCUCACCUGCAGCCUGUUGCCCAAUAAACUUAGGAAGUCCCCCCUCCCCCAUGCUGACCCUGGGGUCUUCCUUCCCUGCCCUCACCUGCAAGUGAGAUGAAGAGGAGGUGUGUGACUGGGCCAGUGGUUUCUCCUUUCUGAGCCUCGGUUUUCUCAUCUGCAGAAUGGGAGUAGUGGGGGUGUGAGGGUCAAGGAUGAUUGUGGAAGAGGGCAGGACAGGACUCGGCCUCAUCCACGAGGCCCCAGUUCCUAUAUCGGACCCCCGUUCAUCCAUUCACAUACCCACCCACAUGUUAUACUGGACUCUAAGCCACUUCUUACUCCAGCAGUACAUUUAUUCAAUAAACAGUCAUUGACCGGUGCCUACUCCAUGCCAGGCCCAGUGUGGACACGAGACACAGGGAGCCCCUGUCUGUCGCGGCGGGGGGGGCGGUUCUGAUAGACACUAGAGAAACCAUUGCUUUGGGGGCCACAGAAGAGAAAGUGAGGGGGUUUGGGGAAGGCACUCCAGAGGAACUGGUGCCGGAGUUGGGCUUUGAAGGAUGAGUAGGAGUUGAUCAGGUAUUGGGUAUGCCCUGGGCACAAGCCUGGAAGUGGAGGUGCAUGGUAUAGCUCAGAGAACUGUGGGUAAUUUCAGGGUGGCUGCUGUGUUGGGGGUGGGUGGAGAAUUAGCAAGAGAAAUGCUGUAUUAGGACUCAUAAUCCAUCUGCACUUAAGCAGAAAGGUAUGUGCUCAUUUCAUAGGCCAGGGGUGCCUGACUUCAGGUACAUCUGGAUCUAGGCAGCAGGCAAGCUCACCUCUGCUUUUUUUCAGUGUGAGUUUCAUUCUAGUAGUUUCAUCCAGUAGGCACUCCCUGAUGGCAGUGAUGACCCCAGCAGUUCCAAGCUUUCAUCCUUCCAGCUUAGUUGCUGCAGCAGAAAGUCUGCUGAUCUUAAGUCAUGUGAUCGUCCCUGGACCAGUUGCUGUGACUCUGGAGUGGCCUGUGCCUAGAACUGGACUUAGAAGGGGCUCCCCAAAGGAAAGUCAAGGUGACAGGAGCAGGAGAAGGGAAGUGGAAGCAUGAUGGACUGAAGCAGUAGAGGGCUGUCCAGUGCAGAAGGGCGGGGCUGCUUCACCCGGGGCCUUGUGGGCCAAAGUGAGCAGGCCGGGCCUUCAUCCGAGGACCCUGGGGAGCCGUGGAGGGUUGCAUGCGGGGAGGAGGCUUAGUCAAACUGCCUCAAUUGGCCCAUUUAGAGCACAGUAGGGUCAACUGUUGUAUUCUUCAUGGAGCUGACAGGGAAGUCAAAUGAGAAAUGAAGGGUGGUAAAGAUUAUAAAGAGUGGCCAGUGUUGAAAAAUUCAGGGUCUGGGGCAGAACCAAAGUCCCGUCGUGAGUGAGGCCAGAAUAGGACUCUGCUGAAAGGGAAGUGUUUACAGUUGAGAGGGUAGAAAAAUGAGGUGUGUGUAGGGGGAACCAACCCUGUCGCGAAACCUCAAUCCCGGAGGGCUUCCUUUGUGCCCAGCCCUGUGCUGGGGACACAGUGGUGACCAAAACAGCCCCAGCCCUGCCCUCACGGAGCUCACAGUCCGGUGGAGGAGACAGCCGUGUCCUCGGUGAUCCAGAGUGGGCAGGGCUGGUAUGGGGGAGUCCAGAGCCCGCAGGAGUGCAAAGGGGGAAACUGCCCUAGCCAGGGAGGGCUUCCUGGGAGGAACAGCUUGGCUGCGAUGGAGAGAACGAUGAGCAGCUAACCAGACAUGGCGGGGGGCGGGGGGGCGGUGGGUCACGUGUUCUAGGCAGAGGGAACAGCACGUACGAUGGCUGGGAAGCAAGCGAGCAUACAGGUCCUUCCGCAAAUGACACGUGACUUGAGUGAGUAUAGAGUCACUGUGAGAGAUGAGGCUGGACAUGCUGGCAGGGCCUUGAAGGUUGUGGAGAGGUGCCUGGGCUUUGUGCCAAGGGUACUGGGGAGCCAUGGCAAGGUUGUGAGUCAGGGAGAGGCAGGGGCAGGUUUGUGCUGUGAAGGGAGGGAAGGAAUCAGGUCAGAAGAGUAGUGAGGAGGUCAGGACCGGACAGAAGGUGAGGAGAGAAGGGGUGGACUUCAGCCUUAUGAGGCAAAAUGGGCGGGACAGGCAUGGCAGCUGUCAAGUGCCUGGACUCUGGAUUUGGCUGGCUCAGACCUUACUGCCUGGAGCGUGUGUGGUCUGUGUGGCCUCAGGGGUGGAGCUGGGGUUAGUGAUGGGAUCUUCAUUUGGGGAUAGUAUUGUAAAGGGCAUCCCCAUGUGUAACAGGCCCUGCGUGCCUUGACCUUUGGGGUCUCUUCUGACCUUUCUGUUUUGGUCAUCUCUCUGGGAACUCUGACAUCCCCGGGCCUCAGCUUCCCUUCUGGAAAAUGGAGAGAUUUCUUGAUCUCUAAGGGCCUUUUACCUAUGUGACAAGGUUUGAAAAAGUGCCUCCUCCAGGUCCCUGGGGGCUCUGUCUUCUUAACUCUGCCUCACCUUUUCUUCUGAGGCCUUUGUCGCUUUAGGGGCCCACGUGCUAUGUCCUAGCAAAUGGAGGCCUCAGCCUAUUGGGUCAAGUAGAAGUGAUUGACGUGGCCAACACCCAAUACAUGUUCAGAUGUUUCUUGACUUCUAUUACCUGCUUCUUCCACACGCGACCCCUAGGCCCCUUCCUGCUCUUUUCUGGGACCAAGCUCUCCAAAAGUCCUAUCCUUAAAGACUUCACAGGUAUGCUCUGACCCAAGCCCCAGUCUGGAGGAGGAAACAGCUUGGGCAGACAUUCAGGUGGGAAUUGCAGGGUGUACGGAACAAAAGAGUAUAUAGAGGAAUCAUGGGGAAAGAACUAGAAGGAUGAGCCUUCAGCAAAUGGUAUGAAUUUGGCCUUGAAGAAUCGCACUUAAUACGAGAGCGUUCUAGGCGAUGUGGGGAGCCAUGGCAGGUUCUCUAGCAGAGUAAGGAAAGUUGGAAAGACUGAUAGCAGCUGUAGAGGGCUGAAGUCAGAUCGCACAGGAGGACGCCAGUGAAAAGCAUAAUAAAGUAGACAGUGAUGAGAUGCAUGGGAGGUCUCAAACCGGAGGCCAGGGGGCCAAAUUUAAGUCUCAGACGUUUUCUUUGGCUUCCGUUUCUCCCUCGCGAGGACCCUGUGUUUGAGAUCCGAGCGUGAGUGAUUGGGAGCCGAGGUUGGGAAGGGCCCAAGCUCUGCGGUGUGACACUGGAGCGCACCUCUCCGGGUCUCAGAUUCCCCAUAGAGCUUUGUAAUGUUUGAAUUAAACUCUGUACCCUAACUUUGCCUCAUUUUAGAGAUGGGAUAAAGCAUGUCUAGCCCUAGGACAUGCCUAGAGACGGCAAACCGCUUCGAGGUCACACAGUAGCCAAUUACAAAAGUCUUUCCUUCUCCUCUUCCUCCUCCCACCCCCCAUAACUAUCGCACACAACGCUAAGGCCACCAUUGCUUUUAUUUGUUGCUUUGAGCGGAGAAAAAGCAUGAGCCGCAGGUGAGCUAGGGUGCUCUCCAUUAGCCAGAGCGCCUGAUGGUGGGCGGAGCUCAGGCAAAAGGAGAGGAGAGCAUAAGGGAGGUUAAGUCAUUGGCCAGAA